GGAACAUUUCCAAGUCCAAUGCAUGCAGUUGUAAACCUCCGCUAUGUGGUCGUGGCAAAUUAUUCUUCUGCCGGCUAGCACUCUAGCCUUACUGGCCAUUAAAGAAGAUUCUGGAGAAAGCCUACACAAGAUGGCAGUGGCCUUAACACAACAAGUGUUCCAUGGCCCUUCGUAUUGUGCUUAUGUGAUGGGUGAUGGCAGCAACUUGGCAUGGGAUGUGAUUGGAAGAGUGAUUGCAGCUAGCCCAGUCCCUGUCAGUGGAGGUCACUGCCCUGGGUUUGCUGUGGGCAUGUUUGUAGCGCAGAAUGCAAGCAUCAUCACGGAUAUUAUUAUUUCUUCUCAACACUACCAACGGCUGCUGGUGCUGAUCCCAGGCUCACUUCAGGAACUUCUGCAUGAAGCACCCCUAUUUGCAAACGUUUCAGUGUAUGUGGUGGUGGCGAACUGCAGUUCAGUUUUUCAUCUGAUUUCACCACACCACCUCAGUUUCCAACAUAUGUCAACAGAUCAUGACAUAGUGCACAGAGAGCUGCCUAACUUGCAGGGUCAGACACUUCGUGUGGCUACAUUUCACUGUCCACCAUUUUCCUACUACAACAAAUGGAAGAAUGUAAAGCACGGUGGCUUUUUACCACCGGGAGUUCCAGAUGGCGUAGAAAUGGCUAUAUUCCUUGCUCUCUCCAGGAGACUCAACUUUACUUGGCAACUGCAAGAUUUACAUGGUGGAGACAUGUGGGGUCACCAUGAUGCAAAUGGCUCUUGGUCUGAUGGGAUUGUGGGGGUCAUGUCGCAGAAAUUAGCUGACAUUGCUUUCUGUGGCAUAUACAUAGAGAGAGAAAUAAUGAAAGAGUUUGACCUGACCAUCCCUUGGACACACUACUGCCAGACAUUCCUCGUUCCAAGGCAUGGUCCGAGUUUCCGCUUUGCGUUCUUGCAUACGUUUCAGCCUAUUCUGUGGAUUUUGAUCACCAUAGUGACGCUCUGCAUUGCCCUCAUAUUCUGGUUGUUAUCACACUUUGAACAAAGGCCACAAGGAAUUCUGGACACUAUGCUUACUGCUGUAGGCAUACUGUGCCUUUCAAGCUUUCCUGGUCUACAAACUCAGUUGGGAAGUCUGCGUCCUCUUGUGGCCUCAUGGUCUCUCUUCAGCUUGUUGCUGACCACUGCUUUAUCAAGUGGUCUUGUGUCACACCUAACCCAGCCUGCACCUACUACACAGCUUAAUUCAGUACGUGACUUGGUGGAAUCAGGCUUAACUUGGGGCCAAGCCUACACACAAGAACAUUCAACCUUUUUCAACUUAGAGGAUCCCUGGCAUGCUGAAUUUGCCAUCCGUUUUAAGUUGGAGUCCUACCCGCAUGAGAGAGAGUCCCGUGUAAGGGAGGGUCACUAUGCCAUUCUAGGUGGAAAACUUGAUGGUUCUGAACGCUACUUCAUGGAGGGAGACACUUUGAAGGACACAGGGCUGUUGUCACAAUUGCGAGUCAUGAGCGAGUGCCUGAUUUGCCAGUAUGCAGCACUGGGACUCACAAAGGGGUCAUCACUCUUGCAGCCUGUAAAUUGUGUCCUUCGCUGGUUACUGGAAGCGGGUUUGGUGGAACACUGGCAGACUGACUUGGUGCAAGAUUUUGGCAACCCAGAAAUCAAGGCUCUUUUCCAGAAGGCACAAUGGAAAGGGCCCCAGCAACUUAGUUUAACACACCUUGAAGAUGUGUUUAUGCUGUUAUGCAUUGGCCUUGCAGCAGCAACCCUUGUGUUCCUGACAGAAAUCUGUUAUUCCCAUCUUACACUUGAAUGAUCAGUGUGGCAGGAGGAAUUUGUACAAUGACACUUCAACUGCUAAUGUAGAUGAUAACUUCUGCCCACUGCUGACAAACCAUAAACAAAUUCCCAUGCAUGAACUGCACUGCUUGCCAUGAAACAUAGUGCAAUCAAACGUCCCACAAAGUUAAUAACUUCCCUUCAGUCUAAACAUUAUCGGCCAUCAGCAUACUGCUUCAUCAGCAAAAUUUUUAUGUGCCUCACAGCCGGUGCAGCACACGUCACCAUGAAGCGCAAAGCCAUGAACCAUUCAACAAAGUUAAGAACCUCCCUGUGUAUCAGAUAAUAUGGGUUAAAAUACUUUUUCCCCAAGUGAACCCUUAACAACAGAGCAGAAUACUGAAAUCUUACAAGCUGCUUAUCGAGAAGAAACGAGAGCUGUUUAUUUGCCUUGCUAAUUACAUCAUACACUGACAGCAUCCAAGGUAUACAUGUAAACACAUUGCAAAUGAAGUAUUUUUAUCAUCAGGACACAGUUCAAAGUGGUAUGGUACAGUUGUCAUUUGUUACACUGAAUAUAAAACUACAAGUUCUAUGCAUUUCAAAGAAAAGACAACAAAAUGUAUGAAAAUAAAAUAAUUGUAAAGAAACAUUUGCUAAUUAUGCAUAUUAACUUGUAGUUUCCAAAUGUCCUACAGAGGCACAUAGAUUCAUUCUUAUAACCCAAUUUUUAUUUCGUUUCUAGCUUAAACAUUAAGAAAUACAAUUUAUUUUCGAAUGCUCAAAAUCUGAGAAGAUUAAAAGCUGCUAUUUAAUAGGGCCAAAACCAAAAGCCUGAUAUUUAAAAUCCAGUACAUGAAAUGUUAAUAUAAGCCACAUAUUUUCUUCUGUAGAUCUACUACCAUACAUUAUAUGACCCCACUAUUAUAUGUCAGUCACACCUCACAAUUUUUUUAAGAAAUUAAAAAGUAUGAAUUGUGGGUGGUCUCAAAUGGCACAGUGUUAAAUUUUGUGAACAUCAGCUGGUUUAAAAGUUCAAAGGGCAACACAUAGCAUGGUGAACAUAUGAGCCUGCUUUCU